UUGUACAUGUUUCACUAUACACAGGUUAGCUUAGUUAAAUCAUUUACAUAUGAUUUCGGCAACUUAUAUAAUUUAGUUUCUUAAUAAAGAAAAUUAAAUGAUUAUUCAGUUAGUACAAUGACUCAGAUGGUAGUUGAACUUCAACCAAAGUUACAAGAACAUAGGCACGCGUUGUCUGAUACCACAUGACACUUAUUUCAUUAUAGUAAACAUACACAAACCUCGAAUUAUCUUUCUUUCAGUUACCAGAACACCAAAACCUGACCUUACAUUCACAUAUCGGUAAGAAUAUGGGUCGCUUUCUUGGAUUGUACGUCACUACAUCAGCAAGGCUUCACGUGUAAAAAGAAAUACUAGUUGAACGUCACGACAUUGCGACUAUAUAAGGCCAGGCAAAGAUUCCCUUUCAGGCUGGCCCCAUUCUCAGCAAACCGUCGCAACUCUCCACUACAUAUCAUGCAGAUCUCCAUUGUCGUUUUGUGCCUGGCUUUCGCCGGUGCCAGUGCUCUCCAGGCUUGUACAUCAGCCACCGACUGUCGAUGUCCCCACUUCCCACCAGGCAUGCAUGCCAUCUGUAGCCAACAAGCAUGUCACUGUCAUACUGGCUCCACGUGUAAAACCGCCACCGACUGUACCACGUGCCACCAUGGCGCCACCGUCACGUGUGACGAGGAUGCUCCCGGAAGUGCCUUUUGUCACUGCAACGGUCACGAAGCUCCACCCCAAAUGCAAAAAUGCACGACAGCUGACACGUGUCACGACUGCCCAAACCCCUCUCUCAACAAGAUAUGUCACAAUGGUGAAUGUCAGUGCCAUUUCGAUAACGAAUGCGUUCAACAACUGCCAUUGUGACGGUCAUCAGGCUCCACC